GUAAUCAUGGCAUCAAUCCUUGCCAGCUCAGAUGAGAAAACCAAUGGCUUUAAGUUGAUGAGACUGAUUGUGGAUGGUGGAACAGAAGCGUUGAGAAAUGCCUUUAGAAAAAGUCAUCCUGGAAAUUUACAGGUGGUAUUAUCAUGUACAUGUAGUCCGACUACAUCAUGUAAUCAGCACAUUCUUUCUAAGCUUAGAAGUCGCCCGAAAAUAAUCAAUGAUGACCAGUGGGAUAAAUUGUAUCCACCUGCUCCUAACCCACCAAACAUUAAUGAUUUUGACAUAACAUUACUUUCUGUUCUUUUGCGAAACAUAUGUGGUUUAUGGCCCCCUCACGAUAAACACUGGGAUAAAACGCCAAAUGUCUCGGAUCAUUCUAUUGAAGCAGAUAUUGUUCGUAUAAAGUUAUUUCGUAAUAGACGUUUUGGCCACAUACCCAAUACUUCAGUUAGUACGGCAGAUUAUGGGUCUUUCUGGGCGGAAAUAAGUUCACCAUUAGUUCGUUUAGGGAUACACCAGAGCAAAAUAGAUAGACUAGAGAAUGAGCAGUGUGGGGAAGAGGAAGUGGAGCGAGUGCGGAAAGAAUGGAAGAAGUGCCAUGAGACUGAAAUUAUGAAUGCUUUGGAAGAAAAUCUGGAUAUUUUGAAUGAAAAUCGUAGUGUUUUGAAUGAAAUCAAAGAUGAUGUGAAAGGUCUUAAAAAAGACGAGGAAUCUUGUUCAGACGAUGUUUUGAACAAAAACCUUGUUCGGUGCAACUUUCGGACAGAGAUCGAAUUGCAUUACGAAAAAUUUACGGAAGCUACACGGGAAUGGGUAUUCGAACAAUUUUUGACCUGGUUUAACGAUGAAACUUCCCAAAAUCGUGCGUUCGUCAUUUCUGGCCUUGCUGGCAUGGGUAAGUCGGUUAUUGCCGCUGCUAUCUGUAAAAGGUUUGCUGAGCACGUUGGUGCAUCUCAUUUCUUUCAAUAUAAUAACAGUCAGUACAAUAAUUGCAAUAUCCUUCUUCAAUCUUUAGCUUGGCAGCUGUGUCAAGUUGUUCCUGCAUACAAGGAAGCACUUAUCCAGAAGCUUUCUGGCAAUCUUGGACAAUCUUUAAAUAAUGCGAAUAGUGAAGGGUUAUUUUCUAUUCUUUUUAAAGAACCGUUUUCAGGUAUUGCUGAUCCUGGAAAGCGAAUAUUGAUUGUACUGGACGCUGUGGAUGAAAGUGAGUACCAUGGAAGGCAUCAGCUUGCUAAUUUGAUCUCCAAUUACUUGCAUACACUUCCUUCUUAUAUUCGUUUUCUGAUCACCACUAGACCAGAGAAGAAUCUUAUCGAUAAGUUUAAACAACUGAACCCCUUGUAUAUUGAAGGCAAUGAUGAACGCAAUUUGUUUGACCUCAAACUGGUCUUGCAGGAGAGAAUUUCAGAGGCGAGUGCCCGUACGGCAGAUCUUAUAGAUAAUUUAGCUGAAAAAUCUGAUGGUCUAAUGCUGUAUGCAUUCUUUCUUUCCGAAAUUUAUAAUGACGAAUCGUCAAUGUUCAGCAUUGAUAGUUUGCCACAAGGUAUUGGAGAGUAUUAUGAAAGAUACUUUCGAAGACUGGAGCGCGAACUAGGUCUCUUGAAAAUUUCAGAAGAUAAAUUCCUUUCUUUUUUAAGUGCUCUUGCGGUAGCUAAGGAGCCGUUGCCAGAGGCUUUCCUUGUAACCCUGUUAGGUUUAGACGUUUCGCGAAGGACAAUGCGGAAGGUAGAAAAAGCAAUUUCAUCUCUUUUUGUCAUCAACAAAGACAACUGUGUAUCGUUCUUUCAUAAAUCAGUAAGAGAUUGGCUUGUUGAUAUCUCCGAACAUGAUUACUCUGUUGAUGUUCAAGAUGGUCAUAAGACUCUUUUUGAUCUGUGUGUUAUAAGGUUGAAUAAAUUGAAGCAAGUAGACGUCAGAGAUGUAGCCAAUAGUAAUGCUGCAUUCAGAUAUUCUAUAAAAUACUGGAUACCACAUAUGCUUAACGGACCAGAAGACCCAGGUAAGUUUGCAGAUUUCGUUAGUAAUUACGCCGCUGAUUUACAAGUUUUGUUUGCCAGUGUUUGUGUCGAUGUAGAUCUUACUUUGAACAAUAUUACUAGCCUGACGAAUCACAGGAUGUACAAUCUUGUUUCUGAAAACACGAGAGCAACUGUGAGCCGAUUUUUUUACCUGAUGAGAAGGUUUAGCUUCUUGUUAAGAGAUUGUCCUCGCACCUUUUUACAAAACGUUGUUAACAAAGGGGGGAGGAGACCUUUCGUUGAAAGCGUCAUCCUUGCUUCAAAAGCACUACAAGGAUAUUAUUUACCUAGAGUUUGUUAAGAAAGAUAGAAAGAAUGACGCGCUCCAAACCCGUUGCCUUCUCUCUGGCAUAAUAUCAGGGAUCGACAUAUCCCCUAAGCAUGAUUACGUUGUAUGUUGUUAUCAAGAAGGUGGGAUUGAACUCUUUUCCUUAGUAACUGGUAAGUCCGAGUGGAAAAUACGGCAAUUCAAGGUAGAACUUCCUUUCUUUCCAUCGGUGGGUAAUUAUAUUGGUGGUCCUUUUAUGUUGGCACAUUGUAUUGUUUUUCACCCUGAAAGCUUGAUAUUACCUGGGAGACUCGACCAAGGGUUAACGUUAGAAGGAACUUUUACAACUGGACCAUUUCAAUGUGAUGAAGGUUGUUCUAAAUUUACAAAUUCUUGUUUCUCCUCAGAUAAUAGCAGAAUGGCCACACACUAUGACAUCAUCUUAAUUGUUUGGAACGUUUUAAAUGGCACAAAGGAAAUAUGUAUCCCUUGCAAAACACUUUUCUCUUUUUCUUUUACCGCUAGUGGCAAUUUUUUGGGCACCAUUGAUAUUGAAAACGUUUUCAACGUUUACGAUGUAACAAAUGAUUACACGGUCUUUAAGUCAAUAAAAAUUAUCUCCCAGUUUCCAGUAGAAAUUGUUUCCACUUUUAAACAUAAUUCUUGGUUUUGUUCUUUUCAGCGUUUUAUAACAACUACAAAUCACGAUCUAUCUCUUCAAACGAGUUUCUAUGUUGUAUGGGACAUAAUUCUGCCAAGCAACUUUUACUGUUCUCACGAACUGAAGUGUUUCUUGCAGCAUCCGGAGAAGUCUUGGUCUUCAAAGAUAAAAGAUAUUCUCAAUCACAAUUUUGGUUGGUCUUCAUACACUGCUCUUAGGUACAUUUUAAUAGAGGAUAAAAAUGUGCUGAUCUACUCUUGCAAAUCAAACACCAUGCACGUGUUUAGCUUAGAGGGUUUAGUUGAUACAGAGGAACGGGCCCCCAACAGGAAAGGUGUCUUUUCCAGCAUAUCUGCAAAUGGCGAUUUUGUUUAUUUAAAUAACAUUUUGGCGCAGAGAUUUACUAUUUGCGAACUUGAUUCAAAUAAGAUUAAGAAACAUCAAAAACGUCUCCAUUCAGAUCAAUUAGAAAUUCCAGUUGUGAGAGACGGUGUUAUUUUAUAUGGUGAAAAUAGCACUCCACAGCUCUGGAAUAGUGAUUUGACACAACGUCUUGCAAGCUUUGAUCAACUGGCUGGAAUUAAGGGAUACUUGUCAGUAUCGGAUGAAUUAAUAGCUUGUGUUUACCAGUCCUAUGUAACUUUCUUUCAUGUUUUUACUAAGGAAGUAGAAUCGAAAACGAGAUUUAAUGAAGAUGUUCUCAGAGUAUAUGCAUGCAGCAGUAAGUAUCAUGUUCUUGCGCGGUCAAAGUCCAGUGACAUUUCCUUAUGGAAGGAUGGAACGAAGGUAGGUGGUUGGGAAGAUAUCUUUUUAACGAAUACGUCUCUGAGAUGCAUUUCAUUUGCCAAAUUUUCUCCCCAGGGAAAUAGAUUAGCAUUGUCGAGUGUUGAAGUAAACAAAAUAUUUAUAUUUGACGUUGUCUCGAUAAAAUUUCUUGCUCAGAUCCCUAUUAACGGAGCAAAUAGUAAUGUCAUCCGGUUGAUGUUUUUUGACGACGAAAACUUAGUUUGUAGCUCAACUAACCACAUGCUAUAUUUCAUUAAUGUAGAUCGUGGUGAAAUAUUAACUUGUUUAGAUGUAGGUGAUAUUCCAGCACCGAUCGCUGUGUGUCGGGAGCGAAGCAUUGUUUUUGCUGCUCUUAAUUGUUCAGAACGAUUUGAGUUAAUUAAGGUUUGGUUGCCUCGCAAGUUGUAAUUGUGUUAUGCUGAUCUAUUAGCUUUGAAAAAUGUUUCUAAAAAUGAUCAAACAAAUGCUGAAAACUUGUUUAUAUAAUAACUACAGUGAAACACGCAAUUUGAUUGAUCAACAGCCGUGCAGGAUCAGACAAUCCUGCACGGGAAAUUCUGAACAGAAAUUCUUGCACAUAAUUUUACAAAAAUACUCGCAUUGUAAAGUUUCAUUGUACGAUACCUUUCGACUUUGAAGUAAGUUUGCAAUUAUUGAGACGUUGGUUUAGUUGUAUGAAUAAAUUUGUGAUCGAUACAUUGCUGUUCAGCAAGUAGCAACGCCUAGCGUUGAAAUUCAUCAGACCAUGGCAAGUACAACAUCUUUCGCUAGUCGCUUCAAAGUUCAAACGCUUCGCAAUCUUCAAGUAUUCAGGUCGAGAAUCUUCAAAACUACUUUGGCUCUCUGUUUAGCGGGUUUUCCAUUUCAAAUUUCGUAAAUUUUAUCGAAAAAGUCUAUGUAUUUUCGUUGUAUAUUUUCGCGAAUUUGCGAUCAAAUUCUGUUCACAUUUGUGGCGUGGAGUAGCGAUUCUCCGAUUGGUUAAUUCACGAUUGUUGUGAGAACUGCACAUUUCAUCAGUAAUUUUAAUCAAGUCAACCGUCGUUUCACUGUAGUAAUUUUAUAAAACAAUUACCAAAUGGUUUUCCCGCCCAGGAUAGCAUGAUCCAUGCACUUGGGAUGUUGCUCGACUUUCGGAAAGCGUAAAAAUACACUCGCCUACGGCUCGUGAUUUUCACGCUUUCCGAAAGUCUCGCAACAUCCCGCGUGCAUGGAUCACGCAAUCCUGCACGGAAAACCAUUCGGUAUUCCUUUAAUAGGCUAAGUAUAUACAAUGAUAAGCAUUGUUAAGGAAUCGCUAUGGAUACAACACUUUUUCGGUUGGUAAGUACUGUCUUACUCACAUUUUCUGGCAAUGUUUAAUGUUGAAUUAUGUAACAUUUCAAAUCUAAAAGGUGAGAACUGGACGAGAUGACAAGUCCGAUCGAGCUUUUAUUCAUACUCCUAAACCAUGACUUAAAGUGAGUAAAUUUAAAUUCGUUUUCAUGAUCUAGGUGACUUAAUCUGCCAUGCAUUCAGUGUCAUCUUGUGAGCAAACUAAUGCGAUGUGACAGGCUAAUAUCUUCAUGAAUUAUUGGUGAGUUUGAGAAAAUUAAGGCAAGAAAUGUACCAAAUUAAACUGCUAAGGUAAACAAGCGAAUUGACAAUUUAUAUUGCUGCAACUUGAAACGCAAUACAAAAGAACGUUUAGUUCCGAAAACAAGCGCUGAAAACGAAUUAAAAUAUCAGGAAACUCAUUUAUCUACUAAAGUUUCGAUUGAAACGUCGAACCAUUUCAAGAUUGUUGAAAAUUGUUGGUCCUGCAAUGUCGGAUGAUGUUUGAUGAAAAUUUUGAAUUACUGUAUGUCAAACCUGAUCAAACAUCAGGCAACAUUAUGAAACGUAAUUUUCAAACUGACCAUGUCCAAACACAAUGUUGAACAGGCCAAACAAAGUUGAUUAUAAAAAUGUAUGCCAUGAUGUUGCUUGGCCCUUAAGGAGUUAAGGUCCUUAAGAAUUGUCACUUUUCAAAAACGAAGAGAAAGCUCUUAAGGCCAUAUAAAAUAAAUUCCUUGAUUCUCAUCACCGCCCGACGAUAUUUUGGUUUCCGCGUUGAUAUAUUUUUGUAUUUUGUUAUAAAAUAUAAAUUUACCGCCCGACCGAACAUCUUCAGAAAUUUAGUUAUUUUUAUAUUUUAUAUUGGAAUUUUUGCGAUAUAAAAUUGUUUUAUCGUUAAUAUUGCAACAUGUUAAGGGAUGCUUGGAAUACUGAAGGAAAAAAUGGGCUUAUAGCCUUAUUACAACGAUUUGCAUGUGCAUGGACCCUUAUAUGCAUGUUCAUUACUUUCAUUAGCGCAUGUACAAUCAUCCACUUAUAUAGCGUUCUUCUAUAAUAUAUUUAAGGGCAAAUAUAUUUAAGGGCAAACGGUUUUCUUGAACUUUUUUAUGCCUGCGGUUACACUUCAAAAACAUUGCAAUGCCAGCAAUUCGCCAUUUUCAAGUGACUCAAAACUGUUCGCGCCAAAAUGUACAUAUUCUAUAUAAUUAUAUUAAUGCUUAAUUGUAUCAGAAAAUGAACACCUAACAGCCACACAAUUGAAAUAAGACCUCCUAGAAGAUUUAAAAAAUUACUUGACUUUUUUGAAAACAUUUAGUUGUAAAGUUGGACUUUGAGAACUGAAGCGAUCUUAUUAUUGUUAAUGGGGGAAGUGAAACUAUAGAAACAGUUACGACAUAAAACAUGCCAAUGCAGAUUUGAAAAUCGACGAACUGGAAAAGAUGGAAUGAAGUCUUGAAGAUAUAUGUAUUUACAGAAACAUGCCCGAAGCUCGACCUAGACAUUCUAACGUGGAUAAAAUUUACUCGCCAUGCACAGUUGUUUCAACAACAUAUUUUGUCGGAGUUAUAUGAAGUAAAAGACUUAGUGAUUUAGCCAUAGGCUACAAACUCUUUGUGUAUAGUGUCACGUGAGGUUGAAAUCAAAAUACAUAUUAAUUGUUUGUGGCUUGCUGCCUUUUUAAUUAAAAGACAUUUCUACCAUCAGUGCUGUCCGUUUUGUUGCAUCGCUGGCGAGUCUCAUUAGAAAGCGAAAGAUCCUUGAUCAACUGCUAAAAAUCACCGUGCAGUUACAGUGUACGUUUAUAUAUGGACAAAGAUAAUAGUAUGUGUGACUUGAAUCACAGUUAAUAAAGAAAAGAAUGUCACCUUAUUAACAUUGUAGUGUUAAACUGUACAACAUGGAUCGUGUUGCAUAUGGCAACUCUAUUUUCCUGCUGCAGAAAUAGAAAAGCUUCGUUUACCUGGAACUAGCAAGCACCUUGGGAAAUGCAUAUUAUUCAAAUAUUGGCGAUGCGUGGACUAUUUUAAUCAGGGAUAAAUAUUUAAAACUGACACUUGUACUGUGGAUCGACUUGAAUCAACUCGGGAGGAAAUAAAACUCGUUUACGGCGAAAGAACACAUACGACUUUGUGUAGGAAACACUAAAAUCAAACCCAUAUAUAGACGCAUGAAUGGUUGUGGCAAAUUGACAUAAUUCAUUCAAAAUAAGGGAACAUCUGUGAAGUACUGCGGGCAUGUAUCGUAACUGAAUUAACAGCUUUCCCCCAAGAAAUUAGGACGUUUAUUGCAUGUACAUUGGCAAGAAAAAGAAUAAAGUGAAAAUGUUUAGUUGUUUUUGCAUAUAGGGAACACGUUGAUGAUAUACAUGAAACAUGAAAAUUUUUCCAGAUGUUUUAAUUGAUUUUUGAGCAAGAUCAUGUUCCUUGAAAAUGCUUUUUCCAAAAAUGAAGAGGAAGAAAUCACUCACAUUUAACGCAGUAAUAAUGUGAAUAAAACUAUUUUUCCAGACUGAACUGAGUUUCGUGUACAUCAUUACGUGAAUAACGGCAUUAUAUCCUGGAAAUUGUGGAAAGGGACAUUGAUUGGUGCCUUUCUUCGUGCUUCUACGUACAAUUGUGACAUACACUGGGCUUCUUAGCUUCUUCUGGACUAAUGUCAGGCAGUGACAAUGUUCGAGAAAACUCACUCGCAUGUAUAUGUUGUGUUUUAGAUUAUUAGAUUACUAUGCCUAGGGCUAUGCCUAUAUGGGAAUAGUUUUUAUUGAUUAGAUUAAAUAGCAUGGCAAAAGAUUUUCAUAUGUAUAGUAUGUGUGAAAUUUUAGUUCUUUUAUGUUUACAAUUAUAUGUUUCAACUUAUAAGUCUUUAAGUAAGUAGGGGUGUGCUAUUCUUCCUUACUUUUAGCUGAAAAGUGAGCCGAAUAGACAACUUGCAUGUUCGACAAAUUUUUGAUUUAGGAAAAAAAAGGAAAUUUCCGUAAUGAACUUAUUAAAAUCAGUAAAAUUGCAAAAUUUGGCUGCGAAAUGUUGUAAAAUGCAGAAAAUAUAGCCUUGCGAAGUUUGCAUAUUUUCAGUAUAUUUGUAUUAGCUACGUGCGAAAAUUGUUACCAUUUUUGAGCCGAAAAUGGUAACAAUUUCCGCACGUAAUACAAAUAUACUGAAAAUAUGCAAACUUCGCAAGACUUUAUUUUCUGCAUUUUACAACAUUUUGCAACCAAAUUUUGCAAUUUUACUAAUUUCAUUAUUUUCUUUUUAACUGUUGUGUUUUAUUCCCUUCUCUUUACUUAGAUUAAAAUUUAGUCUAACAUGCAAGUUGUCCAUUAAUUACGAAGGACGCAGUUCAAACUGAUCGAGCUGGCAGAAUUUGGCUUACUAAAGGUGCCUCUGGGUGCCGCCGUAUGAUUAAUUUCUAACCACGGCGCAUAGCUACGGUGGAAGGGUUAGAGUGGAACUACUGACUUGGACACAAAAGAAAAUGUUACGCUACGAUACGAUUGAAGUGGAAAACGACCUUAAUAGCGUUAAGGCGGAUUUCCAGUCCUCGCACGACGCUUCUGCGAGUGCUUGCAUCUAAUUAAAAUUAACUGUUUAGCAUUGUGAUUGGAUGAAAGUGCUCAUGCAUGCACUCGCAGCGAGGAGCUUCGUCCGAGGACUGGAAAUCCGCCUUUACGCCGUUUAUAGUUCUAUAUAAAAUUUAGAACUGCGCUUCGAAGCGUAACCAGAAUGCAUUCUCCGCAUUCUGUGAUUGCUCAGUUUGUAUUAUUCUCAUCUCCGUGGCCGUGGUAAUUUUACCAAGAUUGUGGAUAGUUUCAACUUUAUAGACGCUGUUGUAGUUGCUUCAACCUCGUUUCCUGGAAAGAGCCUGGGAACGAGGUUGGCAGUGCUUUUAACUAAACAGCUACGUUUACACUAUACCGGAUAGCUAUCCGUAGCGGAGCGAAAAAGCACCUAUCCGGUAUGGAAUGUACAACUUUCAGAAGCUGUGCGAAACAACAUCUCGCCGUUCCAAUAAUUCCUCUGAAAAUAGCGUUCCUAAAAGGUAGGAAUAUUGUCACUGGAGCUAUUUUUGGGGUCCCCCUGUUAAUUUGAAAUUUUGGCUAAUAUCCCUAAAAUCAGUUGGUAUAGAUAAUAUUCACAGUUUACUUUUGACGAUUUAUCGAGAGUAGCCUGCGUCGCAUACUUCAAAACAUAUGUUUUAUCAAAAGAUUUGCAUUGUUUUCCCAUAGCGCAAUAUUAUUACUCGUAUUAAAAGAGGGUGGGAAAGGGUAUUUUCGUGAGCCGUGAAUGGUCAAUAUUUGUUCGCGUGAAAUGCUUGAUUUUAAUGUCGUGAAAUGUGAUUUGUUCUACAGCC